AUGACAGAUCAAUUUGGCGUUGUUUAUGGUGCUUCAUUACGUAUGUUAUUUUUGUUUUUAAAUGCUAUUCAUUGUUUGAAAAUUGAAAUUAUAGUUCUUGGCGGUAUACUUGGUUAUGUUCGUCGUCGUAGUAAUAUUUCACUUUUAGCUGGUAUUUUCUUUGGUGCUUGGUCUAUUUACAAUGCAACACAUCCUACACGUCAAAAUCAUGUUGCUAAUUUUGCUAUUGCUGCAGGUCUCGGUAUUCUAAUGUUAAUACGCUUUUUAAAUAGUCGUAAAUGGUUUCCAGCUCUUGUUAUUGUUGCUUUAUCAAGUGUACAAGUCUAUCAAAAUUAUCCAUAUCUUAAAUAA